CUCAAGCUGCUUCCCAGGCCUCCCUUGGAGGCCGCUCUUCCGUCGUUUGUUGAGUCUCGUUUCCACGCCACCUGUGGCCGGUCCACCGAGGUGCCCACCGCUUAGCGCCUGCGCGGACUGCGGGCGUCCGUCACCAUGGCAACGAUAGUAGGGGGCCCUGGAUCUUGGAGUGAAAAUAUACUGCAAUAUUUUCUGAGAAAUAACCAGAUCACAAAAGAAGAUGGCGCCCAGAUCACCUGGUAUCACGCUGCUAACCACAAGGCACAAGUGAAUGAGGCUCUGAGAAGUACUGCUCACAUGAUAGAGGCUGAUGUCCUCCUCCCAAGUGAUGGAUCAGACCAUCGCCAACCCAUCAUGGCCCAUCCUCCUGAAACCACCAGUGAUAAUACUCUACAGGAAUGGCUGGCUGAAGUUAUGAAAAGCAAUAAAGGCAUCAAGCUGGAUUUCAAGAGUCUGGCAGCUGUAGAACCAGCCAUGAUGCUCUUGGAAAAUGUGAAGGGGCAUCUGAAGCGUCCUGUAUGGAUUAAUGCUGAUAUUCUUCCUGGUCCAAAUGGAAAUAGCAGAGUAGUGGAUGCAAAACCUUUUACAGACACCGUGACAUCCUUCUUUCCAGAUGUGACAUUUUCCCUGGGUUGGACAACAGGAUGGCAUCCUGAGAAAGUCAAUGAAGGGUACAGUUGGACAAUGGUGAAAGAGAUGGAAUACAUAUGUAAUCAACUAAGUCAGCCUGUAACAUUUCCAGUCCGAGCAGCAUUAGUCAAGCAGUCUUUUUCUCAGUUACUUUGGCUCUUAAAGAAAUCAAACAGGUACAGCCUGACUAUUUGGACUGGAAAAAAUGAUAACUAUUCCACAGAAGAUUUACUUUAUGUUAGAGACCAUUUUGACAAAAAACAAGUUUUCUAUGAUAUCUUGGAACCACAAAAUCAUGAAUUUAAACAAGCCAUUGGAAUCAAAGUUAAUCUCUAAGAAGAAGAUUCUUCUAAAUUAUUUCAUGUUUUGGUUUCAUAAUCCUUCUCUGCUUUUGGUCUGAACUAAUUACUAUAUAAAUUAUGAUGAUCGAGUUAUGCUCCAAUUCAUAACUCAAUCAAAAAACAUUGAGUGCUUUCUAUGUAUUAGGCGUGUCCUUAUAAUACUGUACUUACCUAAAAGAUUUGGAAAGGAGAGAUUUCAGUGGGCCUAGUCCACUAAUGUAGAAAAAUGAUAUUUUUAAAUCCUUUAUAAAAUAUAAUUUUUAUGUACUGAAGAUGACGAAAAGAAUCCAUGUAUCACAAUACAGGUAGGAAUCACAUUUUGUUGGCACUUAACAUUCCAGAGAUCCACAAAAAUGUGGCACCCUCUUCCCAUUUUCCUGGAGAACUGGUUAUUUCAGAGACUACAAAAGAGGAAGAAGGCUUCAAACAUGUUUUUAACUCUCACAGG